AUGGCUCUGAUGAAGAAGUUGCGUAAAGCGAAGAAGGAGUGCCAACCGCUCGAGAAGCCGGAAGUCGUGAAGACCCACUUGCGGGACAUGAUUGUGAUGCCAGAGAUGGUGGGCUCAGUGGUGGGCGUCUAUAACGGCAAAACGUUCAAUCAGGUGGAGGUCAAGCCCGAGAUGAUUGGCCACUAUUUGGGAGAGUUCUCCAUCACCUAUAAGCCUGUGAAACACGGACGACCCGGUAUUGGCGCCACACACUCCUCCAGAUUCAUACCUCUUAAGUAG